CUUCUUUUCAUUACUGUUUGCCAUAAUUACUGAAGCAAAAAAACCGAAAAAUAAUGAAGCAAAAAGAUAGCGCUACUGCUCUUAUGGGCGCCUACAGAGGCUCUGAUUCAACACCUCACAGAAGAAUAUUAAUAGGCUAUGAUCAUUCAAAAGUCUCUAACGCAGCCAUGGAAUGGAUCGUUAAGAAAAGAAUGAUCUUUCCGGAUGACGAUAUUACUUUGGCAAUAAUUGUCAAUGACGACGCUGUAACAGUGGAAGGCACCUUUGGAUUGGAGUCUUCCAUCGCUGGUUCUAGUAGUUGGAUUGCAGAUGAUUACAAAGAACGGGUAUCUCAAUUAGAAAAAGAUUCAUGUGACGCACUUCGACAAGUCGUUGCGUGGUUUAAGAGUAAAAAUAUUACAGUCAAUCCUAGAGUAUUGAGUGGAGAUCCGGGCGAGACAUUACGGGACUUUGCAGAAGCAAACAACGUAGAUUUGGUCAUUGUUGGAAGUCGUGGCUUGGGAUUUUUUAAGAGACAAUUUAUUGGAUCAGUAUCGGAUUAUCUGACCCAUCAUUUAAAGUGCUCUGUUUUGAUUGUAAAGGACGAUCAUAGUACAGCAUCCGAGGAAUUAACUGAGUAACGACGAUAAAUGUAAUAUGUGGAUUCAAUUACAACGUUCGUAAUGAAAAAAAAAAAAAAAAAAGGAAUGUAUUUCCCUAUGAGAUUUGAGCGAGAUGAUGACAGAAAUUGUAAAGAAAACAGUUUUUUGUUUCAAAAGCUAAUAACAACAGAAACCAAUACAUUUUUUAUAUACUUCUUAUACAUAUAAUACGUUUUUGUUUAAUGUUGAAUCAUUCUUGGCAUCCAACU